GUAGGUCGUCCAUUUUGUCCGGUCGUACCCGCAGCAACUCUUCCAACUCACGACACAUUUUACCACGGCCAUUCGCUCCAUUCGUUUCCGUGCAACUUAAUUAUUUCCACCGUCGCCGUAACCAAAUCAUGUUGAACGCGUUAUCCAGGGCGGCCAUUGGGGCCCUGAAGGCCGGCAAAAGCAACCUAACACCGAAAAUCGUGCAAAAUGAGCUACCAAAAGCCAUGGUCGCCACCACGUCCACUUCCAACAACAAAGCUGCUGUUAAGCCAAAGGCAGGUACAUCACAAGGCCGUAUUGUUGCUGUUAUUGGUGCCGUUGUUGAUGUACAAUUCGAUGAAGAAUUACCCCCCAUCCUUAAUGCUCUUGAAGUACAAAACAGAUCACCACGUCUUGUACUUGAAGUUGCACAGCAUUUGGGUGAAAAUACUGUCAGAACUAUUGCUAUGGAUGGUACUGAAGGUCUUGUUAGAGGACAAGAAGUACUUGACUGUGGAUCUCCCAUCAGAAUUCCAGUUGGCGCUGAAACUUUAGGUCGCAUUAUCAAUGUCAUUGGUGAACCAAUUGAUGAAAGGGGUCCAAUUGAUACUGAUAAGACCGCACCUAUUCACGCAGAAGCACCUCCUUUUGUUGAAAUGAGUGUUGAACAAGAAAUUUUGGUCACUGGAAUCAAAGUUGUCGAUUUAUUGGCUCCAUAUGUAAAGGGAGGAAAAAUUGGAUUGUUCGGAGGUGCUGGAGUAGGAAAAACUGUAUUGAUUAUGGAACUGAUUAACAAUGUUGCUAAGGCUCAUGGUGGUUACUCAGUAUUCGCUGGUGUUGGAGAAAGAACACGUGAAGGUAAUGACUUGUAUCAUGAAAUGAUAGAGUCUGGUGUAAUUUCCCUCAAGGACAAGACCUCAAAGGUAGCGUUGGUAUACGGUCAGAUGAAUGAACCCCCUGGCGCUCGUGCUCGUGUUGCUCUUACCGGACUUACUGUUGCUGAAUACUUCAGAGAUCAAGAAGGACAAGAUGUAUUACUUUUCAUUGACAAUAUUUUCCGUUUCACACAAGCCGGUUCUGAAGUGUCUGCUUUGUUGGGACGUAUUCCAUCUGCUGUAGGUUAUCAACCAACUUUGGCCACUGACAUGGGUACUAUGCAAGAAAGAAUUACCACAACCAGCAAAGGAUCUAUUACUUCAGUACAGGCUAUCUAUGUACCUGCUGACGAUUUGACUGAUCCUGCUCCAGCUACAACUUUUGCCCAUUUAGAUGCUACCACUGUAUUGUCUCGUGCUAUCGCUGAGUUGGGUAUCUACCCAGCUGUAGAUCCAUUGGAUUCUACAUCCCGUAUUAUGGACCCUAAUGUUAUUGGUGAUGAACAUUACAAUGUUGCUCGUGGUGUACAAAAAAUCUUACAAGACUACAAAUCACUUCAAGAUAUCAUUGCUAUCUUGGGUAUGGAUGAACUUUCAGAAGAAGACAAAUUGACCGUCGCUAGAGCUAGGAAAAUCCAGAGGUUCUUGUCCCAACCUUUCCAAGUAGCUGAGGUAUUUACUGGACAUCCAGGAAAAUUGGUACCUCUUGAAGAAACAAUUAAAGGCUUCUCCAAAAUUUUAGCUGGUGAAUAUGAUCAUUUGCCAGAAAUUGCGUUCUACAUGGUUGGACCCAUUGAAGAAGUAGUUGCUAAAGCUGAAACUUUGGCCAAAAAUACAUAAUUUAUAUAAAUGAUACUAAAUUCCAUUCACACAAGUUGUCCUCGUAAACAUUUUGUAUUCUUUAAAAGUAAACAUUAUUAUUCGUGUUUCAGCGAAUAAAUUAAGUAGAGUUAUGUAAAUACUAUUUGUUAAACGGCAAACAUCAAAAACCGAAUGACCUAGUGCAUCUUUAAUAAUGACAUGUAAGCAUGUUGUAUCACAAUUUAAACUUACUGUUUUUUUUAAUGCUGUCAGUUUUCGCCAUUUAGAUCAUUUUUCUGUAACAAUUACAAUAUAAAUUUUACAGUUUAUGUGUAUAAUAUAUUGUUAUUGCAAACCAUUUACCUGAUUUGUAAUAAAAUUAUACUAUUAAAAAUCUUUGAUUUUGAGGAUUCAAAUUUUUUCCAGUAGUUAUCCUUUUGGCCUGUGUAAAUGUGUUUUAUCGAAAUAAAUUACUUGUUAGGUUUUUAUUCUCUAAAAUAAAUUGUUUACUUUAGUA